AUGGAAAUAGAAAACAUCACAGUUGUGACAGAAUUCAUCCUUCUUGGUCUGACCCAGUCUCGAGAUACUCAGCUCCUAGUCUUUGUGCUAAUCUUAAUUUUCUAUCUCAUCAUACUCCCUGGAAAUUUUCUCAUCAUUUUUACCAUCAGAUCAGACCCCGGGCUCACAGCCCCCCUCUAUUUCUUCCUGGGCAACUUGGCCUUCCUAGAUGCUUCGUAUUCCUUCAUUGUGGCUCCCAGGAUGCUGGUGGACUUCCUCUCUGAGAAGAAGGUAAUUUCCUACAGAGGCUGCAUCACUCAGCUCUUUUUCCUGCACUUCCUUGGAGGAGGGGAGGGGUUACUGCUUGUUGUCAUGGCCUUGGACCGCUACAUCGCCAUCUGCCGGCCUUUACACUAUUCAGCUGUCAUGAACCCUAGAGCCUGCUAUGCAUUGUUGCUGGCUCUGUGGCUUGGAGGCUUUAUCCACUCCAUCAUCCAGGUAGCCCUCAUCCUUCGCUUGCCUUUCUGUGGUCCAAACCAGCUGGAUAACUUCUUCUGUGAUGUCCCGCAGGUCAUCAAGCUGGCCUGCACUGACACCUUUGUGGUGGAGCUUCUCAUGGUCUUCAACAGUGGCCUGCUCACUCUCCUGUGCUUCCUAGGGCUUCUGUCCUCCUACGUGAUCAUCCUCUGCCAUGUUCGUAGAUCAGCUUCCAAAGGGAAGAACAAGGCCUUGUCCACAUGCACCACUCAUGUCAUUAUUAUAUUUCUUAUGUUUGGACCUGCCAUCUUUAUCUAUACUCGUCCCUUCAGGGCCUUACCAGCUGACAAGGUGAUUUCUUUCUUCCACACAGUGAUCUUUCCAUUGAUGAAUCCUGUGAUUUAUACCCUUCGAAACCAGGAAGUGAAAGCUUCCAUGAAGAGGUUAUUGAGUCAUCAUGUGGUCUGUUGA